UUUAUUCGUUUUUAUUUAUUUAAACAGACUUGUUUCACCACCACCUUAACAAAGUAUUUGCCGCAAGUGUUUUUUGAAGGAAGUCCACCUUUAAGUCACUGUUUGUGCGUCCCCAUGUCACCCAGUUUCAUCCUCCGUACUUUGGACGCUAAUGUAGUUCCCUUUUCAAACGGGGCGUUCAUUGAGAUCCGCGCCAAGGAGGACAUUGAAAGUGUGUGA